AUGAAGAUCUUUUAUUACCUCUUCCAUUUUCUGUGUUAUGCCACCUUCAUUCUACCAGCCACAUGUUCCUUGGUGGAUCCUGAGAAGUGCUCAAAAUCGUUUGGUCAUUGUAGGAGACGCUGUUUAACAGAGGAAAAGACAAUUGAUGUAUGUUUAUCACCAAAUAAGCUUUGCUGCAUUGAGAGGAUAUUAGAAUAUAAGUAG